CAUUACACGUACUCGACUCUUGCGUCGUCGUCGUCGUCGUCUUCUUCUUCUCUCCAUCUUCGUCACUUCUUCUCCUGGUUUCCACAUCUUCCAGAACGCUUCAGAUAACAAGGGCAUCCAUCACCCACCCACUCAUCUCGAACUCGACUUGCUCCUUGCUUGAGGAUACUACCAACAUCCCAUCAAGGUCCCAUCUGCUCAUCACGUCAACUUGACAUUGGGUUAUACCGUCAACUUCUUACUCACCCAGAAAUACAUAUCGACAACCCCAAGCACAAGCACGGGCACCUCGCCCCUUCUACAUGUGAAGCUUCACCUACGAACAAGUAACACCAAGCCCACCAAGCCCACCAGCUCCCCAGACGUCUUUCAACAAUGGUAGCACAUAGUCUACCCUCUCCUCCUUCAGAGGACAGCAAAUCUUCAAAUUCACCCCCCGUCAGCACAAUCCCCCGGAAAAGCUCUGGCUCAAAUACAAAGCCCGUCAAGGGCACCAACCGAGCGUCCAAGCGUGCCGGGUCGGGUGCUGCCGCCGUCCACCAUCACGAGCAAGUCACACACGGCAUGGAUGGGAGGCAUAAGCGGGUCUGGAAGGCCUGCGAGAGGUGUCGAAUGAAGAAGACAAAGUGCGACGGUGAGUUCCCGUGUAAGCGGUGCAAGGACGACGGCCUUGUUUGCACAGCUGGAGUCCGCAAGAAGAUGGAAUACAAGCAGCUGCCUCGAGGAUACGCCGAGGUUCUCGAGAAUACCCAGUUCGCGCUCAUCGCCACCGUCCAUAAGCUCUACCAGAUGGUCAGGACGAACCAGCAGUGGGAUCUAGGGGAGCCUGAGCUCAACGAUCGCGGCCAGCCCGUCAUCCACAACAUUGCGCAGAAGCUCGGCUGCAUCCGCCCCAACAGCGACAUCGACCUGCCCGUGCACUCCAUCUUCCCCGAGAACACGCAAGACCUCGAGGAGCUUGCGCGGCAGCUCAACGAUCACCACGCCGACGCGCAGAACAAGGAUCGCGAAGCGGAAAUUGAAAGCGAGUCGCCCUCGGCCUACCGGCGCACCGACCGCGCUUCGUCCUCGGAUCUCGACCAUUCCGACAUCGAGCCCGCUGAUUACCGACGAACUGCAUUCGGCGGCCUCAACAACAACAGCCAUCCGGUUACCAUGUCACCGCAGAGCUACGCCGGCAGCAGCACCGAGUUUGAGUUCAACCAGUCGGCGCCUUCAGACCUCGACGCCUCGGCCGCGCUCUUCUCCGCGAACUCGCCCCAGCUGCCCAUCUUCCCAGAGUGGGCGAUCAAGACGGCGCCGUCGAGCGACGUCGCAAUGCAUUUCUUUCAGCAGCAGGCCAUGCACAUGGGCCAGCCCAUCAUGGAUGGCUACGAGACGAUCAAGCCCCAGGCGCUGUCCACCGCCGGCGGCGUGAUGAUGGGCAUGAGCGACCCCAUGAUGUACACACCCUUCGACGUCGACAUGGUGCCGAUAUGAGAUGUCGACCACGUCAUUUCAUAAACCAUCAUCUCAUAUGAACGCAAGGGAAACGAAAGCAGAAGUCGCGUUUGGGUAUAUUGCCCCCAUAUUUCUCCCUCGCAGGAGGAGGGUUCCUUCUCACAUACGCCAUGAGCCGUCCUUUAUAAGGCAAGAGUGGCAUUGCGACACAUUCCCAUAAUGUGCAUACAUUCACUUUCACCAGUUUACAUACUCACCUUCCUUUCACGUCACAUAUUUCUGCACACCUUCGUUCAUAUCCCUUUCUUGUGCAUCUCAUUCAGGAGUCUUUUUCUGGGUACAUACGGUGUUUGGGGGAAUCGUCAAGCGUGGUGUUUUAUCUUGUUGGAGUGGUUCGGAUUCUCAUAUAGACCGGUUUUUUUCUUUUCUUUCUCUUGCAUGAGUUUUUACUGUAUGAAGUUUAUUGGUACAUAUCCAGGAGGGAGGGAAGGACGGGUUGGAUGAAUGGUUUCAUGGGAGGUGGAAACGGCUGGCUUGGGUCGGGAUCACUUGAAGUAAUUGGGCGCGUUGGUGACAAUGUUCAACGAACCGAAGCAAGCAGGCAGGCAGAGAUUUUCUAUAGAUGUCUCGGCACCAGGGUGCCACGUCUGGAAACAUUCAACUUGAGUACUUUUUUUU